CUAUGCACGACUUGCCUACUGCAGCCUAUGGAGCUAUCGAUAUAGGUAGAUAACAUAGGUUACCAUCCAUGCCGUCUUGGCGUCGACGGCAGCGGGCGCUUCCCUUCUCCCCGAUUGGGCGCGGGGGAGUUUGAAAGCUGGCGUUGGUCGCUGAUCAUUUCAUUGAUCCAAAAGCAAGGUUUCGGAGGAUGGUGGUUCAGAUCAGGAUAGGCUUAUCGCAGCUGAACGCAUGCUGUUUAUUGCAGGUAAUUCAGCUUGUUGGUUAGUGAUUUGGCCUGUGAGAGGUUGUGUUUUAGUGGUAAGUGGUAAGUGGUAAGUGAGGGGUGCAUGUUCACAGCCCCAUUGAAAGAGGGGUAGGUGUAGUAUGCAGAUGUGAUGGAUGCACUCGACGCCUCGUCCAAUAUUGAUAGUGAUGGUGACCUAGGUACAUAUCACGCUACAUACGUUGCUCCUCCUUGGCUCAUGUCAUGUGCAUGAAGCUUCCUGCAAACUUGUAACAUCAUCCCCCUUCUAGCCCUCGUGGCCACGGGAAUAUAAACCUGCUUUCAAGCUAAAACAGAAACCUGGAAUUGCUUGAUUUAGCACUUGGAGUCGAUCAUCGCUUGGUCUGUGUGGAUGAAUGAGGACGAGGAUGUGAGGCGUGCAUGAAACAGAGAUAACGAAUAACGCAAUCAGGCUGGGGUUGGGAUUGGAAACAAUGCAGAGGAUAGGAUGACAGGGCGGUAAAUACCUGGCUCCUGCAGCUUCGAAUACUUGUUCCUGGGUUUUGAUGGGGGUGGUUGACUGGUUACUGGCAGGUUCUCAUCUGAAACUGCGGAUGGUGGUAAGUACCGGUCCGCCUCGCAUAGUCUUGUUUUGAUUGAUGGUGGGCGGUUGAUGUCCAGCUAGGCUCCAAACAACUGUGGCUGCAUGCCAUCCAGCCUUGUUUAGGUUGGCAUGUCUAUAUAAACCUCGAUGAAUGCUCGCGAGUGUAUCAAUUUUCCAACUUUAACUUUCAAAUUGAUUGAAGCGAAAAGUCAACAUCAUGGCAUCCAAAAUGGAACUCCCAUACAAACCAUGCAAGCAUAUCUGCCCCAUCAUCCCACCCAACCUCCUCCUCGACAUCCUCGAGAGCAACAACACCUCUCAAGAAACACGUGCCGCUGUCCAAAAAACUUACGAUCACUGCGGCAAGCUCCUCGCUAAACGCAAGACCCAUUGCCAUGGCGGUGCUGGAGCCAGACAAGGCCUAACUUCCAGUACCAGCGGAGACACUUCCACCGCCACUACCGCAUCCGCCGCAGCUCCCGACGCCGAAGACGGUCUCUUCAGGAAGAUCUACACGUCUCAGAAGACGGCCAAGCUGCGCAAGAAAUUACUGUACUCUGAAGGUGGGGAUUUAACGACUCUGGAGGCGGAUCAAAGUGCCAAGGAGGUGCUGGAGUAUUUCGGGAAGACGUUUGAGUUUUAUAAGGAAGUUUUUGAGAGGGAUGGGAUUGAUGAUGCGAAUUUGAAGAUGAUUGGGAGUUUGCAUUAUGACGAUGUUCCUGGGCCGCCGGGCAUGGAUAAUGCUUUUUGGGACGGCGACGAAAUGGCCUUCGGCGACGGCGACGGCGAAAUUUUCGGCAGCUUCACCAAGAACAUCGACGUAAUCGGGCACGAACUAACCCACGGCGUCGUCCAAUUCACCGCCAACCUCGAAUAUGAGAUCCAAUCCGGCGCGCUCAACGAAUCCAUGGCCGACGUCUUCGGCACCAUGAUCAAGCAGUACUUCCACCCAGACGGCAAACAGCUCGCCUCUGACGCGGACUGGCUCAUCGGCGAGGGCAUCUUCCUCCCUGCAAUCACCAACGCCAAGGCCCUCCGUAGCAUGAAGGCCCCUGGCACGGCGUAUAAUAAUCCUAAGGUCGGGAAGGAUAGACAGCCUGCUACGAUGGCGGGUUAUGUCAAGUCGCCGAAUACGGAUGCGGGGGAUUGGGGGGGAGUGCACAUCAAUUCGGGGAUUCCGAAUCAUGCUUUCUAUUUGGCGAGUGUGGCGCUUGGUGGGUAUUCGUGGGAGAAGGCGGGGAAGGUGUGGUAUGCGGCUUUGACGGAUAAGAAGCUGGUGGGGAUUGAUACCUCGACUGCGUUUAAGGUGCUUGCGGAUUUGACAGUCGGGUAUGCAAAGAGCUUGUUUGAUGAGGAGGUGGAGGGGAAGGUGAGGAAGGCGUGGGUUGAUGUGGGGGUUUUGGAGGCGGCUGAUGAGCCGAAGGAUGAGGUUUAGGUUGUUAUUGAGGAGGGAAUCAACUCCUAAUCUGUGUGACGAGCUGGGUGUUUGAACUUUUGUAGCGAACAGGUUGUGUCUUUGGUUGUAUUUGGUUCACGGUUGUCAUGAGUAACAAGAUCAGCAAUCACCGUCUCGCUUAAUCUUUGACUUUAUGGAAUGUAAACAUACCUUACGUGAGCAUAUCGUCAAAGACGGAACGCCGCCCAACUCCGAACCGUUGAGAAAAGUGUGGAAGUUGAGUAGGGGAGUGUUGUGGAGAGUAAUUAGGGUGUGGAUCAAGGCUGUAUAACUCGUAAGUCAAAGUCUAGAAAGGGCUUGCGGGAGAUGGGGAUCUGCUGAGGAUCGAAAAUUGGUAGACUUGCAGCGAAAAUGUGCUGGAGGAGUUGCUGUUUAUGCUAGAUCAAGUUGGGAUAUAUGGAUUCCGGUCUGGCUCUUAGGAUGUUGAGAGGUUCUGGAGUCCGUCCUGCAAAUCUGGAAAUUUUGAGAGCAUCUUGGAAAGGCAUGGAUUCGUAAUUGUAUGUAUUGGACUUUUGUUGACAAAGUAAACUC